UAUUAUUAUUAUUAUUAUUAUUAUUAUUAUUAUUAUUAUUAUUAUUAUUAUUAUUAUUAUUAUUAUAGGUGUCCCCUAUUAGUAGAGGGCCUGCCCCUGGGCUAGUUUUUCUUUCUUGACACAUAAAUAAAGUUUCUAUCUAUCUAUCUAUCUAUCUAUCUAUCUAUCUAUCUAUCUAUCUAUCUAUCUAUCUUAUUAUUAUUAUUAUUAUGUAAAAUUUAGCACAGGGAUUUUCCCUGGGGAGAAAUAUCCAGUCAAGUCUCAUCCCGAGACCUCAAACUUCCAGCACCUUUCUGAGGAUAUGUGCCGAUCCGAGGAGUGCCGACUUUUGCAUCGUUCUUGUUCGGUUUUAAAUUCCUAGUUGCUCCAAGUGGCCUGCCAGCUUCUUUGACACCGAACCCAAUGCACCUACAACCACUGGCACCACUUUUGUCCUUGAUUUCCAGAUCCUUUAUUAUUAUUAUUAUUAUUAUUAUUAUUAUUAUUAUUAUUAUUAUUAUUAUUAUUAUUAUUAUUAUUAUUAUUAUUAUUAUUAUUAUUAUUAUUAUUUAUUUUGUUGCUGCUCUCGUUGUUACUAA